UGUGUGGAGAAGGGAAGGAUUUGGGACACAGCCCUUGUUACCAGCGUUAUCUCACGUGCUCGUUAAAAAGAAGGUUUUACAAAAGGGAAAAAAGCUGUAGGCUGUUUGAAUACAAUACUUUUGUAGAAACAAACGUAUAAAAAUAUAUUUAAUAAACACAUUUUCAAGCUUUUCAAGCAACUAGAUAACAAGAAAUGAAGAGAGGAAACUGGAGAGGAAGAAGGAACAGACGCCAUCCUCAUCCUCAUCAUCAUCAUCAUCAUCAUGGCUCUGACUGGAGUAUGAGGAAUCAUCCAACAGACUCCUCUGAAUCAUCAGACAGAAGUUCAGGAUCAGACUCCGCUUCAUCCUCCAGAUCCAGUGCUCCUGCUCCAGAGUUGCCCGGUUUUUACUUCGACCCCGAGAAGAACCGCUACUUCCGGCUGCUGCCCGGUCACAACAACUGCAAUCCGUUAACGAGGGAAAUGCUGGAGAAGAAGGAGCGAGAGAGGAAGAGGACGAAGCUGCUGGCCGAGGACGAGCGGACGAGGAAGAAAGCUCCACGCACCGGACUGAACUCCACGCUGCUGCUGCAGAGGAGACGCCUGGGAGAGCUUCCCCCGAGCUCCUACUGCAGGCUGGUCCAUGAGGUGAAGGUCAGUGAGAUGAAACGACACAAGCUGGAGGUUCAGAGCGCCGACUCCAGCAGCCCAAACACGGACAACUUCCGCCUCAUCGUGGCGGACUCGGCGUGUGAGCGCGUCUUCACGGUGAACGACGUGUCGCACGGAGGCUGCAAGUACGGCAUCAUGAACUUCAGCGGCCGCAGGAACGGCUCUCUGUCUGUACAGAUGUGCGAUAAUCUGUACUUCACUAACCGCAAGGUGAACUCCGUGUGCUGGGCGUCUGUGACUCAUUCAGACUCUCACGUCCUGUUGUGCUUGGUGGGAAUAUCUCAGACUCCAGGCUGCGUCAGUUUACUGCCAGCGUCUCUCUUCAGUAACUCCAAUCCAGACCAGCCUGGGAUGCUUUGCAGUUUUAAGAUCUCUACAGCGUGGUCGUGUGCGUGGUGCCUGAACCCACAGGCUGAUAAAACCUUCAGUACUGGUCUUUCACGGAGCGUCAUCGUAACUGAUGCGGUGACGGGCCGACGGCAGACGUACAGCACAGGAAGUGACGUUCUGGCCCAGCAGUUUGCUCUCAGAGCCCCGGUCCUGUUUAACGGCUGCCGUUCAGGCGAGAUCUUCAGCAUUGACCUGCGGCAGCGAGGCCGCGGACGGGACCACAGCUGGAAGUCUUCCCGCUUCUAUCAGGACUCAGCCGUCACCUCCGUACGACUGCUGCAGGACGAGAACUACCUCCUCGCCGCGGACAUGCUGGGAAAGAUUAAGCUGUGGGACGUCCGUGUGAGACGGGCAGUGAAGCAGUAUGACGGGCACCACAACGAGUACGCCUACCUGCCUCUUCACCUGUGUGAGCAAGAGGAGCUCCUGCUCGCAGUGGGUCAGGACUGCUACACCCGUCUGUGGAGUCUUCGAGACGGCCACCUCCUCAGGACCAUCCCCUCCCCUCACCCUGCAGGAAAGGACUCCAUCCCCAACGUGGUCUUCUCCUCACAGCUGGGGGGCCGCAGAGGACUUCCCGGCCUCCUGAUGGCCGUCUGCCAUGACCUCUAUUACUACCCUUACGGUGACUAUCAGGACGGGACGGCAUCCGAGGCACAAGGCUAAGCUGCUCCUCACACACACUCGCUGCUGCAGUGACGAUGCUUCAAGCUGGUUUGUAGCGCGUCACCUGACAUACAGUACUGUGCAAAAGUCUUAGGCAGCCUUUUUUUUUUUUUAGUACAAACUUUGUUAUAGAUUUUUAUUUUAUGAUUCUACAUUAUUGAUUCAGUACAAAAACAUUUAAGAUUCCAAUCAUUCGUUUUCCAGCACAAAAUGAAACGUUCCAGAAAAAUGUUUGUAUGUCAGUAAAGAAAGCAGCAGAUUCCAUAAGAGACACUUUUCAGAUAAAAACAUAAUGAAGGCUGCUGGGUUUCGCUGCAGAAAUAAGAAACGAGUCGACAGUCAAAGUCUCCAGAAGAACUGUGGCUGCUUCUGCAAGAUGCUCAGUAACACUUCCAGCUCAUUUCCUUAUAAAACUGCACACACUGCACCUCAGAUACUGCUUUAUUUUUUUUUUUUAAAAGUGAAGGAUCGUCACCCUAAAUAUUGACUUUGUUUCAUUUAUUACUGUUUACUGCGCUUUAUAGUAUAGAAGCAUUUAGUUUCAUUACUUCUAAAGGCAUCUUUGCUCUACAGCAUUUCUUUGCCUGUGACUAAGACUUUUGCACAGAACUGUAUCAACCUGUAGCUGGUGUCACAUGACAUUUGGGCCUGUUUCAGAUGCGUUAAACCUGUAUUCCUCGAAGCGAUUUGCAUUUUAACCAACCAAAAGUGCAAUUUUAAACUGAAUGAUGGAUCGUUAAGGAUUGUGGAUCUAGAAAAAAAACUGCUCCGUUCCAAUUAAGUUUUGAAAAAUAACUUUGCUUUGUACGUGAGGGUGAAACGUGCGUCAUAAAUUAGAGUUGAAUCGAAUUAUUUUCUAGAGGAAUCCGGAAACACGGAACACGUGUUGCAUUGAACGAAAUAGAGAUUAUGUAGAAAAAUGAUACACUUUUGUGACUUUUGUAUUCGCAAUAAACAAUGCAAAAUAAUAAUUAAAAAAAUUAAUAAAAAGGUUUUGAUUUGAUUUGCCCUUUAUAAAAGAAAAGAAGUUCUCAUUAUUGAAGGAUUAACCUCAUUUUCAGAUUCAAUGAAAUGUUGAGAAGAAACAAUACUCCUGGCCCAUGUAGAACACACAUUAAAAAAAAAGGAACAAAAUAUUAAAA